GGUGAACACAGGAUCAGGGUUCUCUUGAUUUGUUCCUUAUUAAGUUGAGUGAGUUUUUCACCGUGUGAUACGGAGUUGAGGGAGUUUAUGGCCAACAUUUCCAGCCUCAUCCGCGAGUUGAGGGAGUUUAUCUCCACCUCCCGAUCAGCCUCCAUCGCGACGUCAUCCUCCCACGGCCAGGAAUCUGUAGAGGCCAAGUUAAGCGGCGUCUUACCCGAUCUUCUGCAAGCUUAUAUCAUCCCUUUAAUCAGUAACGAGAGGGAAGUUACAGCUGUUCUCAAUCUGCUUUCAUUCACGGCCCAGAACUAUCCCGGUGUCUUCUUCCACGGUCGAGCUGCUGGCAUACUUCCUGUAGUCGGCCGUCUCCUUCCAUUCCUCACGGAACCUUCUUUCAGUUUCCGCCAUGGAGUCGUGUUCGAGACAAUCGAUUCUCUUCUUGCGCUACUCCGGAUUGGUGAGCCUAAAGUCUAUCGCCAAUUCUUUUUGGACGUCAUUAGAGAUGUUCCAUACAUUUCAACAACCUCAGAUAGAGUUUCGCUUAAGUGUUUCAGCGAGUCCUUUGCUUUGAUAUCAGACUGCCCUGUGACGUUUAGUGAGCUUCCAGUUUGUUGCCGACCUCUGGAUGGUCCGGGUGUAUUGAUUGUCCUCACUGACAAAGAGAGAUGGCAACCAUUUGCUGCAUGGACAAUUAGGCUUAUUAACAAGUGUUUGAUGGAAGGGACGCUCAAUAUGGAAGGUCUUUUUAAUGCUUCUUUUGUUCAUUCAGUCUGCUCUUUUUUACUGGGCUACGAGGAUGCAACUCUGCAUAUGGCUUGUUUUGAUUUUGCACGAAUAACAACAAAGGUGAUCAAUGCGGAUAUUAUACCAGUUGAAUAUGUAAUUCGUUCAAUAGCAUGCAUAUUGUGUUUUGAUGAAAAUAAGUCUGCAUUCAGAAACACAACAUAUGAUUCUUGUAUGGGUGCUUGCCUCCAUCUGCUACAUUCUUGUUGUCCAACUAAGAUUAUUGAAUCUACAGCUAGUGAGAUCAUUAAUGCUUUCACUAGAUCCAUAUGUAGCACAGAGAGUCGCGAACUUCAGUUAGCUUUGUGUAAUGCCUACGUAAGAAUUGCUAAAAGCUGCCAUCCUCAAAUUUGGGAACCUAGUCUUCUUGUUAAGAUGCUGUACUCGGAAAUACCUUAUCUACCCUUGAUUCAAUGUAUCCAAGCAGCACUCUCUAUACUAAUUUCCAGUGAUACUCUAGAAGGUGAAGUUGAUGCUAGCGCAUCUGUUGCUUAUUUAAAGUCAUCCGGGUUGAUGCAAAUCAGUAGCAACAGAUCAAUGGAAAUCAACCCUAUUAUUACGUUCAAGAUUCAAAAGAUUGCAGAAUCAAACAUAGAGUUCACCUCAAAUUUUCUUGUGGAUAUUGAGCAGAAGAAAAAGUUUGCAAAUGAAUUGUGGAAUUCAAUUUGUUCAUUUCUUGCUAACUUGGAAGCUUCUCCACUAAAACCAGAAAGAACUAUAACAGCUCUUAGUCUCCUUUGCCUUGCCUUUUCUGCUCACCCACGAUCGAAAUUGUCCUCUAGCAUUUUCCAUCAAAAUCUUUCAUGGAUUCCUUGGACACGCAAGCAGGCAAAGGAUUCAAGCUUACUAGCAUCCAUUUUGCCAACCUAUUUACAUGCUAUUCACAACAUAUUGUGUCUUCAAGAUCUCGAGUCACGAGAAAAGUUGUUCCAUGACGAUGAAUUCUUGACUGCUGUUGAAAGAAGCAGCAGUAUAUACCCAAAAUACAUAGAUCUUCUAGAGUUGUUGAAAUUGCCUAGUGAACUGAACAAAGUCAUACAUGAGGCAAGGGAAUCAACAUCUCUGAAUGAUCAGUUGCAAGAUGCUGUUGAUGGUCUUAAUCAUGAAAGUCUAAAUGUAAGAUAUAUGGUGGCAUGUGAGUUAAGCAAGCUGUUGAAUUUGAAAAGAGAGGAAGUUACUGCUCUUAUUGCUGGAGAUUUUAUUGUGGAUUUGGAUGUUAUAAGAUCCUUGAUUUCAUCACUACUAAGAGGUUGUGCAGAGGAGUCAAGGACAGCAGUUGGCCAACGGUUGAAGUUAGUCUGUGGAGAUUGUUUAGGCGCACUUGGUGCUAUAGACCCAGCUAAAUUUAAGGGAAUAUCUUCUGAGCGCUUUAAAAUUGAAUGCUCUGAUGAUGACUUAAUUUUUGAAUUAAUUCAGAAACAUCUUGCCAGGGCAUUCAGAGUUGCUUCUGAUACAAUUGUCCAGGAUUCAGCUGCAUUGGCUAUACAAGAACUUCUGAAGCUAGCUGGUUGCCAGGCAUCACUAAGUGAGGAUCUUACAACUGAAAUUACUUUUUCAUAUGGUUUUGACCAGCAUAAUGAGAUUAAUAUAAGGGGUCAAACGUUGUGGGAUCGAUUUUCUAAUUAUGUCAAGGAAAUUAUUGCACCAUGUUUGACUUCAAGGUUUCAACUUCCUGUUGUAAGUGAUUCAACAUUUGUUGGUCCUGUUUAUUACCCUUCAAUGUCAUUCCGGCAAUGGAUAUUCUUUUGGAUAAGGAAGCUUACAGCUAAGACAACUGGUCCACACUCGAGUAUUUUCAAUGCAUGCCUAGGAAUAGUACAACAUGAUAUGCAGACAGCUGCUUUUUUGCUACCGUAUUUAGUACUUAAUGUUGUCUGUCAUGGCACACUUGAAGCAAGGCAUAGCAUAACUGAGGAAAUUUUAUCUGUGCUUAAUGCUGCAGCAUUAGGGCACAGUGUAGCUACAUUGCAUGAAAUUGCUGGCGAACAGAGUGAACUAUGCGUACAGGCUGUUUUCACUCUUCUCGAUAAUCUAGGUCAAUGGGUUGAUGAUCUUAAACAAGAACCUGCUCCCUCUUGGCUUAAAGUUAAAAGUGAAGCUAUGGUCAAUGUAUCUGAGCUACUAGCGUCCAUUCCAAAAGUUACUCUUGCUAAGGCUUCCUUUAGAUGCCAGGCUCAUGCUCGUGCACUGAUGUAUUUUGAAUCACAUGUCCGAGAGAAGUCCGGUUCAUUCAAUCCAGUUGCUGUGAGAAUCAGAUUUGAUAAGCCUGAGAAGUCAAGUUCCACUGAUUCACCCACCACAAGAAGUGAUUCAGAUUAUCCCUUUGCCGAUGAAGACAUAUCAUUUUUGAUGGAGAUCUAUAGUGGUUUAGAUCAGCCUGAUGGCCUCUCUGGUUUGGCUAACUUGAGAAAAACAUCAAAACUGCAAGAUCAACUUCUAAUAAAUGAAAAAGCAGGAAAUUGGGCAGAAGUACUGAUGUUAUGUGAACAGGCUUUGCAGAUGGAGCCUUCCUCAGUUCAAAGGCAUUCAGAUUAUCUCAAUUGCUUGCUUAACAUGUGCCACCUUCAAGCCAUGGUUACACAUGUAGAUGGUCUAAUCUCUAGAAUGCCACAAUAUAAGGAGACAUGGAGCAUGCAAGGUGUGCAGGCAGCAUGGAGAUUAGGCAGAUGGGAUCUGAUGGAUGAGUACCUCUCUUCUGCUGAAAAAGAUGUAGCAGGCAAUAUCUCUGAGAGCAUUGCUUCAUUUGAUUUGGGGAUUGCCAAGAUUAUACAGGCCAUGAUGAAGAAAGAUCAGCUCAUGGUUGCUGAGAGAAUUGCACAAUCAAAACAAGCAUUACUUGGUCCCUUGGCAGCCGCUGGUAUGGAUUCUUAUGUCCGUGCAUAUCCGUACAUAGUGAAGCUUCACAUGCUUUGUGAGUUGGAAGAUUAUAGUGCUCUUCUUGGGCAAGGUUCAUUCCUUGAAACAUCCUUCACUUUGAAUGAUCCAAAAUUUAUAAAAAUGACUAAGCACUGGGAAAAUCGUUUAAAGUUCACACAACCAUCUCUUUGGGCUAGAGAGCCAUUGUUAGCCCUUCGUAGGUUAGUUUUCAGUGCGAAUAGUUUGAGUGCUCAAGUGGGAAACUGCUGGCUUCAGUAUGCAAAGCUUUGUCGUUCUGCUGGUCACUACGAGACUGCCCACCAUGCAAUAUUUAAUGCAUGUGCCUCUGGUGCUCCAAAUGUCCACAUGGAGAAAGCUAAACUCCUUUGGUCUACUGGAAAAUCUGAUCAAGCCAUAGCUGAGCUCCAGGCUUUUAUCCCGAAUCCAGUUACUGCUGUUGAUAUACAAGCAUCAAAGGUGGACCGCGAUCUGGCUAAAACCAUUCUCCUCUACACAAAAUGGAUUCACUCUACAGGUCAAAAGCAGAAAGAGGAGAUUAUGAAUAAUUAUGUAACAGUGAGGAAACUGCAACCCAAGUGGGAACAAGGAUUAUUUUUCAUGGCAAAAUAUUUUGAUGAUCUGCUUGUUGAUGCCAGGAGACGUCAAGAAGAUAAUCUUGCUUCCCGCACUGCUACUAGCUCUUUGAAUGCAUCUACUAAUGAGAAGGCAUGUUGGUCGUAUCUACCUGCUGUGUUGAUGUUUUAUGCAAAAGGACUUUACUAUGGGCACAAAAACUUGUUCGAAGCUCUUCCAAGAUUGCUUACACUUUGGUUUGAAUUUGGUAGCAUAUGUCAACGAGAUGGUUCCUCAACCGAUGAGUCUAUGCAAGCUCUCUUCGUAAAGAUCUCAGGUAUUAUGCGGGGUUGCCUGAAGAAUUUACCGACAUAUCAAUGGCUAACUGUGCUAUCUCAAUUGGUUUCUCGCAUCUGCCAUGAAAAUAAAGAAAUAGUUCGCAUUGUUAAGUGCAUAAUUACAUCGGUUCUACAAAAAUACCCACAGCAAGUUCUUUGGACGAUGGCUGCCGUUUCUAAGUCAGCAGUUGCUGCUAGGUGCGAAGCUGCUGCUCAGAUCAUACAAGCUGCAAGAACUGGAAGUGAAAACAGGGACUUGUUUAUUCAAUUUGAUAGCUUGAUUGGUCACCUCAUUAAGCUGUGCUUUCAUCCUGGACAGCCAAAGUCGAAAACAUUGGAUAUCUCAACUGAAUUUAGUGCCUUGAAAAGAAUGAUGCCGCUAGAUAUCAUAUUGCCAGUCCAGCAGGCUCUUACUGUCACUUUACCCAUUUAUGACACUAGUCUUUCAGCAGAUUCACCUAGUUUUGAUGUAUUUUCAACAUCUAAUCGUGUUAUGAUAUCUGACAUAUCAGACGAGGCUGAAAUCCUUUCUUCUCUUCAACGACCAAAAAAGGUUGUCUUUAUUGGAAGUGAUGGUUUUCACCAUCCGUUCCUCUGCAAGCCAAAUGAUGACUUGCGGAAAGAUGCGCGGAUGAUGGAAUUCACCUCAAUGAUUAAUCGUCUCUUUUUCAAAUUCCCUGAGAGUCGCAAAAGAAAAUUAUAUAUCCGUACCUUUGCUGUGACCCCCCUCACUGAGGAUUGUGGGCUGGUGGAGUGGGUGCCACAUACGCGUGGGAUUUGGCACAUUCUUCAGGACCUCUACUUUUCCCGUGAGAAAUUCGAUAAACGGAGGACAGAUCCUAAAAUCAGAAACAUUUAUGACCGACGCAAGACAUCUGAAGAGGUGAUGUUGAAAUCACAAAUCCUCCCUAUGUUCCCUCCUGUUUUCCACAAAUGGUUCUUGACUACUUUCUCAGAGCCAGCUUCGUGGUUUCGAGCAAGGGUAGCUUAUGCACAUACCUGUGCUGUGUGGUCCAUGGUUGGUCACAUUGUAGGCCUAGGGGAUAGGCAUGGCGAGAACAUUCUGUUUGACUCGACUACUGGUGACUGCAUCCAUGUUGAUUUCAGUUGCUUGUUUGAUAAAGGGUUACAAUUCCAAAAGCCUGAGUUGGUACCUUUUAGGUUAACCCAGAACAUGAUUGAUGGUCUUGGUAUUACGGGAUACAAGGGUGUCUUUUUAAAGGCCUGCGAAAUUACCCUUUCAGUGCUGAGAACAAAUAGAGAAAUGUUGUUGAUCAUUUUGGAAACUUUCUUGUACGAUCCCUUGGUGGAGUGGACAGAAUCACACAAAUCCAGCAAGGUGGAAGUUCAAAAUCCGUACGCACAGCGGGCCAUCAGCAAUAUCAAGGCACGCCUCGAAGGAAUUGUGGUUGGGGUUGGAGCCAGACCUUCUUUACCAUUAGCCGUAGAAGGGCAGGUCCAGUGCCUCAUUAAAGAAGCCAUCUCACUUGGAAAUCUCGGCAAGAUGCACAUAUGGUGGAGAGCUUGGUACUAAUAAACUAACCCCUUCUGUGAAACUUUUUUUUUCUUCUCCCCUUUUGUUUAUAGUUUCAGGUCAAGUGGUGUAAAUAUCUCCUUGUGCCUUCAUUGUUAAACGAUUCCGUUAACACUGUUCUUGGCACUCAAUUUUAGAAAU